GCGGACCCAGCUUCCCGGAGAGGCUGGAGAGAAUCGUUUGGGGGCAUUCGCAGGCCAAAGAGGGGCUGGCCCUCGACGCGCUCGGGCUCGAUUGGCCGCCCUCCCCCGGCGGCGGUAACGGUCGCGGAGGCGGGGCCUGACGUAGCUGAUCCCAGCCUAACCUGGCCCGGCUGGCUGCUGGUGGGAGGCCGGCGACUGAGUAAGGUGAGUGGCUCUCGGGGCUCUCAGAGGCGUCGGCGUGAGCCCCUUCCCGGAGUACCCCGGACUUGACCUCACCUGGGCCUAAAAGUGGUCAGACUGACCCUUGUCAGGGAGGAGCCAUCUGGGACAGGGUCGCGCCAAUUAAAAAUCCCUGCGUAAGGGUUUGGGGAUCGGACAAAACUGCCUCCAGUCCCAGCUCCCCAGGCUUUGUGUUCUUUGGCUUCUCCUUUAAUGUCUCAGCGCCUCCGAUUCUUUAUUUGUAUACUAAAGCUGGUAAUUCUUGCCUUACAAGGUGGUUGUGAGGGUUAAAUGAGGCAGUAAGAGUAAAGCUUAGAAUCACGUCGGGCACAGACUCGAUUUAAGCUGUAGGUAAUUACUCCAUCCCCCAAAAUCGACCCGGGCUGAAGCGCUAGUUUUGUGUCAAACAACCGCGAAGGUUGUUUGGGGAGUGAGGACUCGGAGCAGAAGGGGGCGGUUAGGCGAAUAGCACAGAUGAAGAUCCAGUUUCAGACACGAGACUCGUUGGGUGAUCAUUUCAUUGAGAUCAACCUGAAUGACCAGGUGUAAAGUGCAAGAGUAAUAUGCUAUGACUGAGUAACUAUGUUUCCAGUAGCCCCUAAACCCCAGGAUUCCAGUCAACCAUCAGACAGACUCAUGACUGAAAAACAGCAGGAAGAAGCAGAAUGGGAAAGCAUAAAUGUGCUAUUGAUGAUGCAUGGCUUAAAACCUUUGUCUCUAGUCAAAAGAACAGAUCUCAAAGAUCUCAUCAUUUUUGACAAACAGUCAUCACAAAGGAUGAGACAGAAUUUGAAAUUGUUGGUGGAAGAAACAUCACGUCAACAGAACAUGAUACAGGAGCUUAUAGAAACUAAUCAACAGCUUAGAAAUGAACUUCAGCUAGAGCAAAGCCGAGCAGCCAGUCAAGAACAACGAGCUAAUGACUUGGAACAAAUUAUGGAAAGUGUGAAAUCCAAAAUUGGUGAAUUGGAGGAUGAAUCACUAAAUAGGGCUUGCCACCAACAGAAUAAAAUAAAAGAUCUUCAAAAGGAGCAGAAAACUUUACAGGUGAAGUGCCAGCAUUAUAAGAAAAAACGAACGGAGCAACAAGAAACUAUUGCUUCUUUGCAAAUGGAAGUCUGUAGAUUAAAAAAGGAGGAAGAAGAUCGCAUUGUCACUCAAAACAGAGUGUUUGCCUAUCUGUGCAAAAGAGUUCCUCAUACCGUCUUGGAUAGACAGUUGCUUUGUCUAAUUGAUUACUAUGAAUCUAAAAUUAGAAAAAUUCAUACACAAAGGCAAUAUAAAGAAGAUGAAAGUCAGUCAGAAGAAGAAAACGACUACAGAAAUCUGGAUGCCUCACCAACUUAUAAAGGCCUUUUAAUGUCAUUACAGAAUCAACUCAAGGAAUCAAAAUCUAAGAUUGAUGCACUUUCAAGUGAAAAGCUGAACCUCCAAAAAGAUUUGGAAACCAGGCCUACACAGCAUGAAUUAAGACUUUAUAAACAGCAGGUGAAGAAGCUGGAAAAAGCCCUUAAGAAAAACGUCAAAUUACAGGAGCUUAUUAGUCAUAAGAAGGCUGAGGACACAGAGAAGAAAGAUGAGCCCAGCAAAUAUAAUCAGCAACAGGCCCUAAUUGACCAGAGAUACUUUCAGGUGCUGUGUAGCAUCAAUUCAAUUAUCCACAAUCCAAGAGCUCCAGUAAUAAUUUAUAAACAGACCAAAGGGGGAGUCCAAAAUUUUAAUAAAGAUCUUGUUCAAGAUUGUGGAUUUGAGCAUCUUGUUCCUGUAAUAGAAAUGUGGGCAGAUCAACUGACAUCCUUAAAGGAUUUGUAUAAGUCCUUGAAAACACUAUCUGCAGAACUGGUACCUUGGCAUAAUUUGAAGAAGCAGGAUGAAAAUGAAGGUAUCAAAGUUGAAGAUUUGUUGUUUAUAGUAGAUACUAUGCUGGAAGAAGUUGAAAAUAAGGAAAAGGACAGCAAUAUGCCAAACUUUCAAACUUUGCAAGCUAUUGUUUCUCACUUCCAAAAGUUAUUUGAUGUGCCUUCUUUAAAUGGAGUCUAUCCCCGAAUGAAUGAAGUUUAUACUAGGCUUGGAGAAAUGAACAAUGCUGUGAGAAACCUCCAAGAACUCUUAGAAUUAGAUAGUUCAUCCUCAUUGUGUGUGCUAGUAAGCACUGUUGGAAAACUCUGUAGGCUGAUUAAUGAAGAUGUGAAUGAGCAGGUUAUGCAGGUAUUAGGACCUGAAGACCUCCAGAGCAUUAUCUACAAAUUGGAAGAACACGAGGAAUUUUUCCCAGCAUUUCAGGCAUUUACUAAUGAUCUACUUGAAAUCUUAGAAAUUGAUGACUUGGAUGCCAUUGUACCUGCAGUAAAGAAAUUAAAAGUACUUUCAUACUGAAAACAAAUCAUUUUUACUGUGUAAAUUGUAUUCUUAACAUUUUGUAUUUUGUAGGAUUGAUCUUAUUUUGAGACAAGGGUUGUAAAAUGUAUUUGCUCUCAGAAUUCAUCCCCUUCUUAGUAUUAGGUCAUUCUUCAUCUCUAUAAUUUUUAUUAACUUUGAGAUUCUUAUACAGAAAAUAGUUGCAAGGGUAAGGUAAUUAACUUUAGAUCCCUUCAUUUCUAAAGCAAUUAUUGAGUGCUUAAAAUUUAAGGUUGUUUUAGAGUGGAGUUUGUGAGUAAAAGAGGAGCCCAGGGAGACAGAUUGCAAGUAGUAGGUUGCAAUCUUUUAGAUUCAGCUUGUAGUAAUCUUUGAGCCACACCAAAAGGAAUGCCAAGGGCUCUCUAAAUUUAGCCAGUAGGAAGCUACUGCUCUCCUGGCAAGGACUAAUUGGCACAUUCUGUUAAGAUAUCCCUCAUGGCAGUUGCCCUUUCAAAGCAGGAGGAAGAAAAGGAAGAAAGAAAAACUGUUUCAUCAUUUCUGUUAGGGUAGGAAAUGAAUCAUAGGGUAAAAUGGAUGAGUAGAUAGAAGUCUCUCAUUUAAAAAGUGUCUUUUGCAAUCUUGAUGUAAUGCACUUUUUAUAAGGACUUGAGAUCUCAAAUAAAAUUUUUGUAAAGAAUUUCCAAA